CUCUGCGGCUUCUGAGGCACAUCUCCGAACGGAAGGAAGAAAUCCGGCACGACACCUCCUCCCGCUGCCCCCACGGGCUCUAGUCUGCCCCAGGCUUCCCUGAGCACGCCAGGCCCCAGGGUUUUGUGGCACUGGCUCUUAGCCAGGCGCGGUGGCGACACCGGCAGAUCCCUGAUACCAGGCAGCGCGCCGCGCGGAUCCGCCUUGGCUCAUCCAUCCCCGAAGCAGCCAGACUGGCAGCGCCGCACUCUGCUCUGCGUCCUCCGAGCGAAGGGAGCCGCUCCGCCGGCCCAGAACGAGGAGGGGGCGAACAAGUGUGGAGCUAGGGCAGGCGCGAGGCUGCGGGGGCUUCUCCAGGCACCCGCCCUCCUCGCCGCGCUCACCAGGCUGAGUGGCCUCGGACCUUGCCCCCCAGCGGCGCUGUGCACCCACUUCCCUCCGCGCUGCGUUAAGCGUCAGAACGGAGCUACUCUGCCGGGAUCACCAGACGCUUUCGCCUGCUCUCCUCAGACUCGGGGGUUGAGCAGAGCCAACCCCAGCUGGACGCCGCGCUCCUAUAAAUAGCACGCGUGUGCCCGCUUCGCGCUCUCCCGGCGGCGCCAGCAGAGACAAAGUUGUGCUCUGGGACUGGGGAAAGAGAAGAUCCGGGGAGCCCAGUCACCCGGCAAGGCACCCCGGAACGGUUCCCGCGAAUUGGUGCUUUCCGUCCGGGGGACCCAACAAACCGCUGCCUACCUACGUCCGAGUGACACCAGGCUUGGGGAUUUUAGACCAGGCGAAAGUAGGAGUCGCUGGUGCCCUGGCCAUGAACACAGCCUCGCAUUCCUCCCGGUCCAGGAAGCUCCUGCUGCCUGUGUAAUUCGCCCCCGAGCAGGACCGACACCCGCACCGCUGGGCACCGUCACCUCCCGCUCUGUCUGUCCUACUCCCUGGUUCACCUGGGGGGGGGUGCUUGGGUUGGGGGCGAGAUUCGUUUUUUCUUUUUUCCUGAGGCGUGAUUGUGAGGGUUUGGCGACUAUUAGAUGUCUAGGAACAAGGGUGGCUGCAGGGGCCCCAGGCAGGGCUGACUGUGGAAACGGAGUUGUGCAGGGCAAGGGGUUCUGCAUGAGCUCGUCGAAGGACAAAGGCAGCAGAGCCAGCCAGAGAGCUCGAGGGGAGACUUUGACCCGCAGAACUGGUGGAGGUGUGCGCGCCGCCGCCGCGGCUGUUUGUUCAGCGCUGUCGAUCUAGCGGCCACUGGCAUCUUCUGAGCGCCGGGAUCCCGGGGUAGGAGGAGACGCCGGCAAGCACAGGCGCCAGCUGGCUGCGGCUGCCCACGCGGCUCACCAUGGGCUCCGCGCGCCGGGCGCUGUCCGUGGUGCUGGCCGUUCUGCUGCUUGUCACGCUGCCGGGGCUACCCGUCUGGGCGCAGAACGACACCGAGCCCAUCGUGUUGGAGGGCAAGUGUCUAGUGGUGUGCGACUCGAAUCCGGCUACGGACUCCAAGGGCUCCUCUUCCUCCCCUCUGGGAAUAUCGGUCCGGGCGGCCAACUCCAAGGUGGCUUUUUCGGCAGUGAGGAGCACCAACCAUGAGCCAUCCGAGAUGAGCAACAAGACGCGUAUCAUUUACUUCGACCAGAUCCUUGUUAAUGUGGGUAAUUUCUUCACAUUAGAGUCUGUCUUUGUAGCACCACGGAAAGGAAUCUACAGUUUCAGUUUUCAUGUAAUUAAAGUCUACCAGAGCCAAACAAUCCAGGUUAACUUGAUGUUAAAUGGAAAGCCAGUAAUAUCUGCAUUUGCUGGGGACAAAGAUGUCACACGUGAAGCUGCCACAAAUGGAGUCCUGCUUUACCUGGACAAAGAGGAUAAGGUUUACUUAAAACUUGAGAAAGGUAACUUGGUUGGAGGCUGGCAGUAUUCGACAUUCUCUGGCUUUCUGGUAUUCCCCCUAUAGAAUUUGAUUUCUCCGUGGGGUUUACCCAGGUGAGGGGCAGCCUACCCCUGAGUUAUUGGAAGAUCAUAUUUUCAUCAUUGGAUUGAUGUCCCUUAUUGGUUUCUCAUGGGUGAAUAUGGAUUCUCUUUAAGGAUUCUAGACCUGUCUGAACCAACACAAAAUUUCACAGAUUAUUUUUGUGUGUAUACAUUUCCAUACAUUUGGAUCAGGACUCAAAGCAGAUAAUAUCUAUCUAUGCUUAAAUGUAACGGUCAAAAGUUGUCUCAAGGUUUGUUCUGAAUUUAAUUUCUUGGAAUUAUUCAAUUUGCUGCAGGUGUGAAAUUUUAUUUAUUUGUUUUUGUGUUUUUUUUUUAAAAAAGACUGGCAACUGGGUCUGAGAAUCAGAAAACUGAAGCUCUGAUUUGAAUCACUGGUCAGUGUGAUACUGCCAAAGAAGUGUGUGCUGUGUUGGUAUAUUGGUUACAUUUGUUUUUAUUGCUUUGGAAUUUGUUUUGUUCUUGUAACACAACUGGGAAUUGUUUCUCAGUGAUGGGCAUUGUUUUUUUCUCUAUCAAUAAGGUAAUGAAUGGCUUGUCUGGAAAUUUACCAUGACUAUCAGGUUACUGAGGUGACUUCCCUAAAAUGAGAGAGAAAGAAGAAUACUUCAUAGUUGUAUUUUAAUUAUCUAUGUGAAAGAGUCAUAUUUUCCAAAUUAUAUUUUCUAAUAGAAAAACUAGAUCAUAAAUCUGACAAGGAAAAGGUUGCUUCUCUGAAUUCUAAGUGCUCAGUCCCAAACCUUGGCAAAACAUCUCUCCUCCACGGAAAAUCUUAUACUUUAUUGCUCAACUUUAAUUAACAAGAUUGAUAAUGACCGCUUUAUUAAAAACAUAAGGGAUUUUUUUCCCCUUAGACGUGACCACUUUAUUAACUGCAGAUGGGACACCCUCGUUUUUAAUUAUACCUAUUUUUCAAGCCUUCUGUUGUGUUUUAAGCAUCAUCUGGUUUUUGCCUUAACUCCUUAAAUUGUAUAUAUGUAUCUGUUUAAACUAAUAUUAAAUCCAAAUAUCCCAUAUCUAAAUUUAGUGAAAUAUUUUGUCUUUUGUAUAGAUCAUAUGAAUUCAUAAAAUUAUUUAUGUCUCUGUUAUAGA